AUGAUUCUACCUUCAUCCAUUCCUUCUCUAAUUUUCAAAAGCUCAUCUACAGACCGUCUCGACUCAGUGUACCUGCUCGAGAAGACUACAAGCGCAGUCCUCGAAUCCUCAAUCCCUUUAAAAUCUCCAUCAGUCAGCUCGCAUGUCAAUGAGAGAGAGUGGGGAUUUGGGGGAAAUGGUUACCUUGAUGGCUCAACUGCUGCACCUCCGUUGACUAUCACUACCGAUGGUGCUGUCACCACCAACCCUGACUACACGCACUGGCAGCGGCAAGAUCAGUUGAUCUACAGUGCUUUGUUGGGUGCCAUCUCAGUCUCGGUGCAUAUCUGGGAGAAACUCUCGUCGACUUACGCCAAUCCUAGUCGUGGCCAUGUCCAACAGACCCGUCAACAAAUCACGCAAUGGAAAAAGGGUAGUAAGUCCAUUGAUGAGUAUGUUCAAGGGUUUGUAACCCGUUUUGAACAGCUCGCCCUCCUUGGUAAGCCUAUGGAUCACGAUGACCAGAUUGAAUUCAUUGUUGAUGGUCUCUCUGAAGACUACAAGCAAGCGGUUGAUCAGAUCCAAGCUCGUGAUGUUACUCCUUCGAUAACUGAGGUUCAUGAGAAGCUGUUAAAUUAUGAAAUCAAGCUUCUCACCAUGGUGUCUCCCUCAUCCAUCACUCCGAUCUCUGCAAACACUGCUAGCUACCGUCCCUCUGGCAGCAACAACUACAACAGCAACAAUAACCAAAACACUUACUCUCGUGGUCAAUCUCGUACCAAUUACCGUGGCAACAAUCACCAACACCACCACUAUCAACAACGCUCCGAUCACUCCUCUCGUGGCUAUCAAGGCAAAUUUCAGAUUUGCGGCAUUUUUGGUCACAGCGCACGUCGUUGUUUGCAGCUUGCUCAAUAUUCUUCCUCCCAGCCUCGGGCAAACGUUGCUGCUGCGUCUUCUUCAGACCCUUGGUUGCUCCACUCUGGUGCUACUCAUCACGUUGCCUCUGAUCUUGCAAACUUGUCGUUGCACCAACCCUACAAUGGAGGUGAAGCUGUUGUAAUUGGUAACGACUCUGGGUUACCAAUCACCCACACUUGUUCUACACUUUUACCAUCUAUUACACAUCCUUUGCAUCUCAACAAUGUUCUCUAUGUUCCUUUGAUGCAAAAGAAUCUUAUCUCUAUCCUUCAUGUUUUCAGGUGA